CUGCUCUCUGUGUAGCCAUCCUUCCAUCUCCCUCUCUUGCUAGUUCCUUUUUUCACUGACAAGUGCUCGGAGGAGAAGACCACUGCUGUCUACAGCUAUGCAGGCCAUAAAGUGUGUCGUAGUUGGUGAUGGAGCUGUCGGUAAGACAUGUCUGCUGAUCAGUUACACAACUAACGCCUUCCCUGGGGAAUAUAUCCCAACUGUAUUUGAUAACUAUUCGGCUAAUGUGAUGGUGGACAGUAAACCUGUGAACCUCGGAUUAUGGGAUACAGCUGGACAGGAGGACUAUGACCGUCUGAGACCACUUUCCUACCCACAGACUGAUGUUUUCCUGAUUUGCUUUUCUUUGGUGAGUCCCGCAUCCUAUGAAAAUGUUCGUGCAAAGUGGUUCCCAGAAGUGAGGCACCAUUGCCCCAGCACCCCUAUAAUUCUUGUGGGCACCAAGCUGGAUCUGCGUGAUGACAAGGAAACCAUUGAGAAGCUUAAAGAAAAGAAGCUGGCACCAAUUUCUUACCCCCAGGGUCUGGCAUUAGCCAAGGAGAUUGAGGCUGUGAAGUAUUUAGAGUGCUCGGCUCUCACGCAGCGUGGACUAAAGACAGUGUUUGAUGAGGCUAUUAGAGCUGUGCUAUGUCCACCACCCACCCGGACCAAAAGUCCCAAGUGUGUCUUGGUGUAAAAGGAUCUCAGAAGAGGAUUCCCCAGCCUCCUACAGCAGACACUUGCAAGCCCUCCGCCACCAACCCGUUCCUUAAACGCCUUAUUUUUCUUUCUAUCACCAAGGGAUAUUUGACUGCCUGAAUUUUCCA